AUGGGAGGUAAUGCUAGUAAACUAGGACACAAAAAAAAUGCCGCGGUUAACGAAACGAAACAAGCAGCCAGUGAAGUAGCUACCGACGUGAAAGGUAAUAUUGAGAGUGGAAUUAGUGAUGUUAAGAAAGGUGCUACAGACAUUGCCACGGAUGCUCAAAAUACGGUAGAAGGUGGCCUGAGUGCAACUAAGGAAGGAGUCACAAAGGCGGCUAGUGAUGCCAAGCAAGAAGCGGAAAAGGGUGUGAGUGAUAUCAAGAAGGGUAUCGCUGGUACUGUCGAAGAAACCAAGCAGGGCAUUGUUAACACUGCCAAUGACGCUGUGCAGAAUGCAACGACCGCUGUUAACGAGGUGAAGCAGAGUGUAGUAGACACUGCAAACGAGGCGAAGCAGAGUGCUGUUAGCAGUUUUAACGACGCCAAACAAGCUGCAGUUUCUGGCUAUGAGGACCUGCGUUCUAGCGCCACAAGCACUUACAGUGAUACCAAGAACAGCAUCAACACGGCCCGGCAAGAGUUUCUGAGCAGUGUUGGCUCAGCUCAGCAGAAUGUCACUGAUGAAGUCUCGGCCGGUUUCAGCGCCUUUAAGCAAGAGUCAGAUAAUGUUAAGAGUUCAAUCGGGGGAAAUCUGCAGUCAGCUAAGCAGGAUCUCGAUUCGGGGGUAGAAGGUCUUAAUAAAAGCGUAGCGGAAGGCAAAACUGAGGUUUCAAGCGCCAUUGAGACGACCAAACAGGAAGCGUCUGACGCUUCCGCUGGAGCCUUCGGAGCCCUGGGCCAGUUGAAGGACAGCUUGCCAAGUGGAGAAGAUAUCAAAGGGGCAAUUGAACAAGUAAAAAGAACCGGUGAAGAGGAAGUGGAAAAAGUUGUAGAACAAGUCAAAACUGGUGCCGAAAAAACAAUUGGUGAAAUUAAAAACAUCAAGACUCCUUUUAGCUAA